AUGGAGGAUUCUUUUAAUAAGCAAGUCAAACUGAUGAUUGAUGCCACAAAAUGCCAUGAGGAAUUUCAAGCUUAUGAUAACUGCAUGAGUAAAUCUAAAAAGAAAUCAGAAGUCAAGAAAUGUAAAGAGCUUUAUAAGGUUUAUCAGUUUUGCAUUACAAAAAGAGAAGAUGAUAGAUUGCAUGUGUCAGAUGAUUGGGCAAAGUUUAAGGCUAAGUGGGGGCAUUUACCGAAUGAGCCGAGCCCUGAAGUUCCAAAUAAAAAAGAGUAA